AUGUCUUGCAGCCUCAGCUCCGGGAACCGCUCCGCCCGCUCCUACCGGCGGGCCCUGCUCUGCCCCGGCUCCUCCUGCGAGUCUGCCUUCCAGGGCAACGCCGUCUACUCUCCGGGCACCUGCCAGCCCGGCCCCUGCCAGCCCGGCUCCUCUCUCUAUGGCAGCUGCCAGGACGCCUACUGCGCACCCACCAGCUGCCAGACGUCCUACUUCCGUCCGAGACCCUCCGUCUUCUGCAGCCCCUGCCCAUCCAACUACUCCGGGUCCUUAGGAUGUGGCCACACCGGGCCCUUUGGCUACGGCAGCCCCCAGGUCCAGUCUCUGGGCUGCGGGCCCAGCUUCUACCGCCCCACUUGCUUUUCUUCCAGGAGUUGCCAGUCCGCCUGCGUCCAGCCAGCCUUCGGCUCUUGCUGUUUUGGACAAAAUUACUGA